AUGCGGCAGGAGCUGGAGAGGGGCGGGCCCUGGGUGCAGCUGGAGGCGUGCAGCCCCCCCGACGUGGGCCACGCCGUCGCGGCGCUGAACGCCGCCCAGCUGGCCACGCCGCUGCCGCCCGGCGGCCCGUACUGGGCUGCCGCUGCGUGCACCUUUGCUGCGCCCGCUCGCCCCAGCGCGUGCGGGGCGGCCCCUGCCGCGGACAUCACGGUCAUCGUCACGACCAGUCGGCGACCACGACGGGUCCCAGAGACCCGAGGCCCCCAAAAAAAUAUUAGCGCGGGCGGCUCUUCGGCCGUGGUCGGCCUCGGGGGUCCCUCGCCGGGCCUCGGGAGCGUCAAGACACGGCGCGGGACGGACAGCCGGCCCCGGGGAGGUGGUCCGGGCCUUCGGGGCCCAGGCAUCGAAAGACUUGGAGCAGCCGGAGGUCUGGGUGUGCUUACGCCGGGGUGUGGUCCGCGACCGACGCCGUUGGGGCUCAGAGGCCACCACGUUGCGCCAGAGGCUUGA